AUGGUUCAGAUUGCAAACUUUCGUCGAGGCGAGUUUGGUGGCAACGCCGCUGCUUUCCUCGGGUCUGUGAAUGCAUUCGACAUGUUGAUGUCGGCUAUGGGUGCUGACGCUGCGGACGAGAUGCUUUCGUUGAUUCGCUUCCACGACAAUGAGUCCGCCGACGCGGCUACCAUCGCGCAGAAAGUCGACGAGUGCGUCCGCGCCGUGGGCCUGGCCGACGAGAACCGUCGAGCAGCUACCGCGGACAGGGCCCUCAACGUCAUGCGUGGAUGGCUGAAGCUCAUGGUUGUCGAAAUCAAUGCUGAAUUUCCUGAAUGGGAGUUCGCGCAGGCUUUCGCUGUGUUCAAUUUGUCGGACGAGCCACGCCCAAACACCAACCUGGAAAAGGCGAUCCUGGGCUGGCUCGCAACUUCAUGUUCCACAUCUGGGGUCGAGCAGAAUUUCUCCAAGGGCGCGUGGGGCGUCAACGACAGGCAGUUAUCCGGCGGCAUUGCGCACGAGAGGUCCACGCACAGGCUCCUGCUGCACGAUGGCCCGAUCGACGACCUCAUUGAGGGUGCCCAGCGAGUGUGGAAGCAUUGCUUCGGCAUUGAGAGGGCGAGCGGCUCCGACAACCGCGAGGAGCGCAGUGACAAGGGCACCAAGUCUGACGAGAUCCCGGAGAAGGGGCUACAGAAGAAGAUGCGCAGCUUCCGCGUCCAAGGAGACAGAGGCGCACAGGCGGCCAUUGCAGCGCUCGCUGGUGGCGCUUGGACAGAUGAGCACGACAAGGAACGCACUUUCGCAGAGGACAAGCUGUUCAAACGAAGGGUCGAGGAAAGCCUUGAGGGACUGCUCCUUCCAGAUCAGGACAGCGAUGUACUACAGUGGCACGCUGCCAACAGAGUUGAUGCCACGGUGAAGAGCCAGCAGGAGCGGGAUCGGCGCGACGCGCGAGGCGGCCUGCAUCGGGGAGAAGGGGAGCGGCCAUCACCUGAAGACCUGCGAGGGAAGACGCGUUUCGCGCGCAAGUUGGAGCACUGGGACGAGUUGUUGGCCAAUGGCGUUGUGAUGACGCGGCGUGUUGCCCCAUGGCUUGCAGAAGUGAUUGUGGUUGGUGACUUGACCAGCGUGCCGACGUUCUUGAAAUGGGUAGCUGCGGUUGUUGGCGCCUAUGUAAGUACCCCCACGGAGCUCUCCACAUCCACGGGCGCGUGCCUGAAGUACAGCCGCGCCAUUGCUUCGUCCCGGUUCAUCCACGUCACCGAUUGCUUCAAGGCCAAUCACCGCCAGUACUACGAGCUCCUGACCACAGCGGCCGGCUUUGCUGAUUCCAAGUGGCAGUUUAUAGAUGCAGCUAACUUCUUGGUCAAGAAAGCGGGUGUAUACAAGGACCGCACAGAGGCGUUGGCCUUGGCCACCACCGUCGACAUGGAGACUCCGCCAUUACAGGGCAUCAAGCACGUGUUCGGCGGCCCUGGCUUCCUGGACCUCAUCACGAAGGUUGAUUUCAAUGCAUCGGCAAGUGGUAUGCUACGGUGCAGCGUGGGCUGA